CCUGGGAGGAGCGGAGCUGAGGGAGUGAGGCUGAUCAUGGCCACUUCAGAGCUGAGCUGCCGGUUGUCUGAGGAGAACUGUGAGCGCCGAGAGGCCUUUUGGGCUGAAUGGAAGGAUCUGACACUGUUCACUCGCCCUGAGGAGGGUUGCUCCCUGCAUGAGGAGGAUGUCCAGCGGCAUGAGACCUACCACCAGCAGGGUCAGUGUCAGGCGCUGGUGCAGCACUCCCCCUGGUUGGUGAUGCGUAUGGGCAUCCUCGGCCGUGGGCUGCAGGAGUACCUGCUGCCCUACCAGCGGAUGCUACCACUGCCCAUCUUCACCCCCACCAAGAUGGGUGCCGCCAAGGAGGAACGCGAGGAUGCCCCCAACCAGCUGCAGGAGCUGCUGGCACUGGAGACAGCCCUGGGUGGCCAGUGUGUGGAGCGCCAGGAUGUGGCAGAGAUCACCAAGCAGCUGCCGCCUGUGGUGCCUGUCAGCAAGCCAGGUGCCCUUCGUCGCUCUCUGUCCCGCUCCUUGUCCCAGGAAGCACAGAGAGGCUGAGAGGGACUGUGAUUUGGGCUCCACUGUGCCCGCCCUGGGCUGGGGGCCCUUCCUGGCUAGGACCAUGGAGGGGAGCUGGUGGCCAUGGAUGCUUUGUAGUUUGCCCAGAGUUGGGGGCUAGGGGAGGAGGGAACCAGAGGCCAGGAUGCCUGGGUCCCCUGAGUUCCCAAAAGGAGGGGAGCAAAGAUAGUGGGCACUGAGGGUAGAGAGCUGGGGCCAGCACAACUGAGUACCCCCAGCCCCAGGAGAAGGGACAAAAGAUGCUGCUGAGCUUGAGAGGCCCCUGAGAGGGGUGACCCUGGUCCAGGUUUCAGCUUCAGAGAAGGACAAGAAAAAGUGUAAGGGGAUCUGGAAUGAUCUGGGAAGGAGUCUUGAAGAAGACGGGGCGGGAGGGGGAUGUGAAGAGGGCGGAGACAGGCUGGAGCCCCCAGCACCCCUGUUAGCGCUGUAAUAAAUGCUCAGUCAUGUUUCA